CAACACAAAGUUAGCCAUUCAUACAAUGCCACGUGUCUGAUAUUCCUAUUUAUAAUGCUUCCAAAUUCAUUGUAAAAUUGUAUACCAAAAUUGUAUCUAACAUGGAGUUUCCCACGAAGUUUCUAUAUAGCUGGAGCUACUUGGGUGUCCGCUGUGUAAUUUUCCUGGCAGGACGACAGUUUUACAGGCGGCAUCCUUCGAAUACGCGGGUAGUCAUGGAUUUUCCCACUGUUUCCCAGCUACGCUCUUACCUUAAACUGGGAAAAUAGAUCUUAAACUUAUUAUGUUUGCUUAAGAAUGAAGUCUUUAUAAAGCGAAUCGGUUAAGAGGUGUUCUUCUUUCUUUAGUGUGUUUUAUUAUGAUCUUAACAUGGUUUAGAUCUCACUAUAUAUUUGGGUGCAGUCCAUGAGCAGACUUCAGAGGCAAUCGGGAUCAGGAGGUGAGCGCUUCCGAUCGAGGGGAUAAUGUGUUCAAUAUUUCGCAACCGCAUCAAUUACCGUGGGACUGGCGGCACCAGGAGCGGCAGCGGUGAGCGGGACAGGGAUCGAGAGCGGGAUCGGGAUCGAGAUCGGGACAGAGACCGAGACCGGGACAGGGAUACCCUGUUGGCCAAGGAGCUGGAUGCGGAUAGCAAUAAUAAUGGCACCGAGCCGCAGGUGGAACCGGAAAUGGAAGCAGCUCCCGACUGCUCCGACACGGAACGGGAGGCGGAGCAGGAGCAGGAACAGGAGCUGGACAACAGCAAUGAGGCGCUCGAUCUCUCGGUGAUCUCGGCCAGCGGCCGGGGAUCACUGCCGGGCAGUGGUCACGUCUCGCUGGAGGCUUUACAACAUACCAAAGUGGCGGUGGCCCAGUUUGCGGCCUCAGCGCUGUCCGGUGGAGGAGGCGGAGGCGUCGGUGGUGACCACCAGUCCGCCGACCUGGCCAUGGUGCAGUCCACCAUCUUCAAUGUGCAGCGACAGCAUCUGAUGCAGCUGCAGCUCAUCCAGCACCUGCAGAGUCAAUUGAAAAGGGCCGAGGCUGUGGCCCUGGGCAGGCAAACCCAGAGCGAUGAGGAGGAGGAUGAAGCGGAGCCGGAACCAGAACGGGAGCUAAAGCAGGAAUCAGCCAAUGGUCUGAAAGAGGAGAUCCAAGAGCAGGAGCAGGAGGAGGAACAGGAACAGGAACUGGAACGGGAACGGGAGCGUGAACGGGAGCUGGAGGAGAGUUCAAAGACUGACAAGGCGACGACUGAGGAGAGAAGAGUGCAGGCGGAGAUUGAGGGCUCGGACUACCAGCCACUGAUGUGCGACAUCAGCUCGAGCCUGGCCUCGAGCAUCAUCACCAACCAUGAUCCCCCGCCGGCUCCCAAUGAGCCCAACUGCCUGGAGAUGCUGCAGCGCCGCACGGAGGAGGUCCUGGACUCCGCCUCCCAGAGCCUGCAUGCCGCCCAGCUGCAGGAGGAGUACUCGGAGUAUGCCUCCAAGGAGGCCCAGAGCCGGGGCGAGAUAUUCAAGCAUCGGUGCAAGUACUGUGGCAAGAUCUUUGGCAGCUACUCCGCCCUCCAGAUUCACCUGCGUUCGCACACCGGGGAGCGGCCCUUCCACUGCAACGUCUGCGGCAGCAAGUUCACCACCAAGGGCAACCUGAAGGUCCACUAUCAGCGGCACACCCAGAUCUUUCCGCCCAUGCUGCUGCCUCCGGGUGUGGCACCCAAUGUGGGGCACACAUCUGGUCAGGCCCAGGCACCGGGACAGGGUCAAAUCCCAGCUGAACAGUUCCCCAUGCGACUGCCCUUUGUGCCGCCAGCGAUUCCUUGUAGCCAGGAGCAGGUGCAGCAUCAGGCGGAAGAGCAGGAGGAGAUCAAGACGGAAAUUCCAACUCAGCAGGCGGAAGAUCUCAGCAAGCCGGCGGUAAAGGAAAAGGAGAAGGGUCAGGAGAAGGCACACUCGCCCAUGGAGAGUGUCAAGACCCCCAAGGCAGUGUCACCAGAGGUCAAGCCCAGACCGCCACCCAUUCCGGCUGAACCCUUACCCGAGAAACCCGAAAAGGAAACUCCUCCCAAACCCGCAAUGACUCCAUCUCGGAGGAAUGGUUCUGUACGCAAGAGACAAACAAGCAGCGCUGGAAGUCCACCGCAGGAGGACAGGGAACGGGAUCUCGCCGAGCACCUGCACAUAGCCAAGUUGGUGAGGCGCUCCUCCUCUAGCCGAGAGUCCCAGCAGCCGGCCGAGUAUUCCCUCGCCCAGAUGGAGCGCAUCAUUGACAAGUCCUGGGAGGAUCUCAUCGAGAUCGACAAGACAUCGGAGACCUCGAAGCUGCAGCAGCUGGUGGAUAACAUUGAGAAUAAGCUGACCGAUCCCAAUCAGUGCAUCUUCUGCCAGAAGGUCAUGUCCUGCCGCAGCUCCUUGCAGAUGCACAUUCGCACCCACACCGGCGAGCGACCUUUCCGCUGCAAGAUCUGCGGGAGGGCCUUUGCCACCAAGGGUAAUCUCAAGGCACACAUGAGUAUACACAAGAUCAAGCCACCGAUGAGGAGCCAGUUCAAGUGUCCAGUGUGCCACCAGAAGUUCUCCAAUGGGAUCAUCCUGCAGCAGCACAUUCGCAUCCACACCAUGGACGAUGGCAGCGGUGGUCAGGGAGGUGCUCCACCAAAUCCCGAGGUUGAGCGGUUGGGUAUUGAAGAUCAAAACUCGAACAAGUCCAUGGGCACUUCUGAUACCCUGGAUUUCUCUACAACCAUUUCGGAUCAUUCGGGCCAGAGGUCUGAGUCCUCGCAAGGCGGCGAUUUCGAUGAGUUCAUGACCAUGGACAGUACCGAUGACUCCAGGGAUAAUUCGAGUGCGGCCACUGCCACGCCCCAUCCUCUGGAGAGGGAGAGGGAUAGGGAGAGAGAUCGGGAGAGGGAACGAAGGCCACAAAAUGGGUUCGAUGAGAGAUCUCACUCUAAUCCCGAUCUCGCUGGAGGUCGCUCUGAGAGCGGAGAGAUGCCCGCCAUGGAUCUAUCUUCGCCAUCAUCAGCCUCUGGUCGCAUUUUCGGUGCUGGAAUGGUCAAUGGAGCGGCAGGUGGAGGAGGAUCAGGAAUGCCCAUGCUGGGAAUGCCCAUGCCCCCAAACCUACUCCUCAUGGCGGCUGCCCGAGAGGAAAUGCAUGCCUUGGGUCAUGCCCAUGAAUUCCCGCUGCUGCCCUUUGGUCCACUUGGAUUUAUGGGCCUGCACCCGCCCCCCAAUGUGUGCAAUCUGUGCUUCAAGAUGCUGCCCAGCCUGGCUGCCUUGGAGAGUCAUCUGCAGAGCGAACAUGCCAAAGAACCAACAGCGGGACAUGCCCAUCGCACCCACUGCAAUGAUGCUGGAGCACCAUACGGUGCCAAGCUCACUCUCAAUCCAAAUCUGUGCAAAAAGCCGCCUUCGACGGGCGACAAGCUGCCGCCGGCAUCAUCACCUCGUCCUGUGUCCCAGAGCUCUGAAGUUCCUUCGAGGGCGACACCAGUCAAGGAAGAGCAACCCGAUCAGGAUCAUCUAACUCUGGAGGAGGGAGCAUCAUCGGCUGGCGAAGGUUCGACACCAGGUGGUGCUCCUAGUGGUGGUGCCUCUAGCUAUCCCCAAGAAGCCGGCGAUGCCGAGCAAUCGCUGAUGAAGAUGCAGCUCCAUGCCCAUCGCUUCCCGGCCAGUCCACUUGAUUUUCAACAGGCUCUGAUGUCCGCCGGUCCUCCGAGCUCCAGUCUGGAUCCGCCGGUGAAUAAUAAGCACUUUUGCCACGUCUGCCGGCGGAACUUUAGUUCCAGUUCUGCCCUCCAAAUCCAUAUGCGAACCCACACGGGUGACAAGCCCUUCCAGUGCAAUGUGUGCCAGAAGGCCUUCACCACCAAGGGGAAUCUCAAGGUACACAUGGGUACGCACAUGUGGACGAAUCCCACUUCGCGGCGAGGACGUCGUAUGUCCUUGGAGCUCCCCAUGCGUCCUGGUCCCAAUCAGGGAACUGGACAUCCAGGAUCGAGUGCGGAGCAGGAGUUUAUGCAGCGAAGACCGGAGCUUUUCUUUCCCUACCUGCCGCCUUUCUUUAAUGGAUUGCCACCAAAGCCUGGUGAACUGAGUCCCGGCGCCUUUUCCAACAUCCCUCCGCCGCCUUUUGCCAAUGGAGGAAAGUAUCCCUAUCCACCAGGACUUCUUGGUUUCCCAGGCUUCCUGGGACAGCAUCCAUAUGGCAUGGAUCGCAGGAGCAGCAGCAAGUCACCCACACCAGAGCCGGCCCAGAGUCCCUCCCUGAGGGAGGAGGAAAUGGGAGCCGGCAGCAUUUGGCAUCCGCUGAGCAGGAUCAAGGUGGAGGGCAACCAGGGCGAGGCUCUGCUCCACGAGCAGGAUGACCAGGCGGAGGCUGAGACAGAGGCCACCGGUGGGGGAGACAUGGAGGAGUCAGAGUCAAGAGAUGCAGAGAAGUAACUGAUGGAGGAACAGUCUUAGAUCGAGUCUUAGUCUUGGAACACACAUGGUUUUUGUGGAGUACAUAUCUUGAGCAUAACCCAUACGCUAAGCUUCAACUAGCACUGACACACACACACCCACACACACUCAAUGCAAACACGAAUCCUUAC